AUGGAUUUGCCGGGGUAUUCACUUGCUGAAGACUUUUUGGGUGAUCCAAGUUUAAAUAAUCAACGUCCAACAGCUAAAACAUUCCGAAAUUAUUUAACUGCUUAUUGCAAUGUUAUGGGUAUUUUGAAGAAUUUUAGGCCGAAUACAAAAGUUUUGCAGAUUAAGAAAUUAUACAAUAAAAUUACUGGUAGUUAUUGGAAAGUGAAUGGUGUUGAUACACCUACAAAUAAAAUUUUUAUUAUUCGAUGUAGAAAUGUGGUUUUAGCUUGUGGAAAAAAUAAACAGAGAAGGCUUGAGUUUGACUCCAACUCAACUUCAAUUGUUUACGAUCUAAAUUCCCUCAAAAACUGUAUUUCAACCACAAAAAAUUCAUCAAAAAAUCAUCCAGUAAUUAUUGUUGGUGAUGGUAUUUCCGCUGCCGACGCAGUUAUUUGUGCUUUGGAGAGAAAUUGUCAAGUUUUACAUUUAAUUAGAAGGAAUGAUAGACAAUUAAAAAAUGUAAUGAUUUCGCGUCUGUCACCUCUCGUCUAUCCUGAAUAUGUACGGGUCUAUCAACUUAUGAGUGGGCAGAGAAUAGAGGAAAAUUAUUUAAAACUUAUUGAAACUACUAUACGCAGUGUUUCCGGAAACGUAAUUGAACUGAAUACACCAGGCGGAAUUAUAAAAGAACAAUUUCUAUGCCUAUCCAUUUGUAUCGGAAGGCAGACAGAAUUUCCAUUACUGAAAGGAGUAGCUAUAGACAACUUAGACCAAUUCUCCUCAAAUUAUUGUUCUUCUAACGACUCUUCUCUUUUCGCUAUAGGAGCGAUGAUUGGGGAUCAUUUUGUCCGUUAUCUCGUUGGAGGGGCUUUGUGUACAGCACAAGCAUUAAUUUUAAGGAAUAAUUUUACAAAAUCUUUGAGACAACCUUUCAAAGUUUUGUUUGACAAAAAUGAAAGAUUUGCCUGUUGUUGUUAUAGUAAAAAGAAGAAAGGGAAAGAAGAAAAAUUAAAAUUUUUAAGAACAAAUUCAGCAACUACCCCAUUAACUCAACUUGUUAAAGAAAUUGUGAUGUAA